AUGGAGUCGACUGCUUUGAAUGGGAGGAUGGUUAGAUGGCAGAUCUUGCUUUCUGAAUUUGACAUAGUGUAUGUGAGUCGGAAGGCCGUAAAAGGGAGCGCAAUAGCUGACUUUUUAGCUAGCAGGGCCUUGGAGGAUUAUGAGCCUUUGAACUUUGAUUUCCCAAAUGAGGAUCUGAUGUAUGUGGUAGUCACUGAAGAAAAUUCCCAAAUGGAUCAUGUGUGGAAGCUAAAUUUUGAUGGAGCCUCAAAUGCUGUAGGUAAUGGAAUUGGGGCAAUCCUAAUAUCUCCAAGCGGAGAUCAUUAUCCUAUUGCUAGCAAACUAGAUUUUGAUUAUAUGAACAAUAUGGCGAAAUAUGAAGCAUGCAUUAUGGGCAUUCGUGCAGCCAUCGAACGUAAGAUCAGAGUGUUAAAAGUGUAUGGGGAUUCUGCAUUGGUGAUAUACCAGCUUAAAGGAGAAUGA